AUGUGUAGGACUGGUGGUGUCACAACUCGUUCAUCUGAGCCUUCGAAGAAGAAGAUGUUCUUAGAAAGUUUGAACUUGGAAGAUGAAGACAUGCGCAAUACUAGUUCUGAUACUGGGAAGAAUGACUUCUCAAAAGUUCAUUAUCACCCACAGAGUUUGUACGAGUUAAGUGGAUUGUGGAUGGAGUCGAUGGACAUUGAGGAUUUUAACAAUUAUGGAGUCGGAAGAGAUGCAUUUUCAGGGGGUCUACGUGGAGACGAAAUUAGUGAAAGGCUUCGUUUUUUUAUUGAAGAAUGUGAUCGCGUUCAGAGAAUCCCAUUUGUAGUUGAUGAUGCUGGAGGAUUUUCAGGUGUAGUGGGGGAGUUUUUGGAGAAUGUUGCAGAUGAGUAUGCAAAUAUCCCUGUGCUCCUGUACAGUGUCCACAGCCCUGAUACUUCCAUAGAUCCCAAAAGCAGGAAGCGGACAAUCUCCCGCAACCUUCAUGAUGCAGUUUCAUUUUCAAGGCUAUCAGCUUUCUGUAAAUUGGUCAUCCAAGUUGGUUUGCCAUCCCUCAGUAGAAGUAGAACUUCCUUGUUUCUUUGCAUAAAAGACGAAAUGCCUUACCACACCAGUGCAGUUUAUGCAUCUGCAAUACACUCCAUCAGUCUCCCUUUUCGAAUGGAACAACUAGGGCCCAGUUCACAAUCAAGCUACACAUGUGGUGCCAUGGCUGUCAAUGACCUUGUACAGAUGCUAGCAGGCCAAGCUUGGCAGAAUAUGGUUAGCAUUUUGGAUUUAUCUAUGCCAGCACCUACUUUCACAGGGUACCCGGUGGCCGGUGCAACAAUCUUUGCUGGAGAAUUUGCUGCCAUUGACCCCAGAGGUAGCAGAAGACGUUGA